AUGACUCAUCCAAUCAUCCAAAACCUAGACACCCUGUAUGAUGCAGUGCGCAGCGAAGAUGAUACAGACCGUGCAUACCGAUAUAACGACAAGUUUCUGUCAAAUCAUAGAAUACGCCUCAUCCCCUAUGAUUUUUCAAAGCCUCCCCCGAACGACACCAAACCCAUGAUGUUCUUCACCCGCUAUUCGGCUUUCUCCGAUAAAUAUCCCAUUGAUUUGAAGGCAUUUGACAGCCCUGAGGAUAGCGAGUUAUUUCUACGCUAUCACAACUUUGAUCCAAAAGGAAGUUUUAUGUCUCCAAUGUCUCGUACCAGAUACAUUACAGAUUAUCUUCUGGAGUGGACAAUUGGCGGACAAAUACCACGAAAACUGCCAUUAGGUUCAAUGGAUUUGCUCCCUUCUCGUAGCAUCAGUCAUGUUUGCUUGCCUCAUUACCUGUUGUCAAACAAGGACUAUCGGUGGGAUAUAGAAAACCGCCAUGGGUGGAAUUCUAUGAUUUUCGAAUAUAACAAGGUUCUUCCUCAUGUCAUUAUCUUGUCGACUCAUUUUAAAAAUGUUGCCAAUGGCACAAUUCUACAUGGGGAACUGGAACUCAUUAUCACAGCAAUGAAUGCCCGUGCCAAACAGCCCCUCGUGGAAGAAGAGGAUGAGGAUGAUGAGUCGAACUUGUUGUUUGCUGGUGAAAAGAGAUUCCCGGUGUUGAUGGUAUCUAUGGUAGCUCCUUCCCAUGCAAGAAUUCUUCAUGCUUGCAUGAACGAGGGCGAACUGUUAAUCCGAUUAUCAAACCUCUACAAUUUCGAGAAGAAGGUCCCUAGUCUUUUCGAUUCCUUUUCGAGUUGGCUGUUGAGCUACCCCCAGAGCGAGCCUGAUUUUCUCUCGCCACAAACGCACCUCCCCAUGCGAUAG